AUAGCUAAUUCGUCCCAGAAAUCCGUUCGGACAAUGGUUUGUAGUGAUUUAAGUGACCGAGAAUGUUCGGAUUGGAGAAGCUGCUGUAGCGAGGCGGAAGUCUGUUGCGAACGUCAAAGGAAGCAGCAGAAGAUAGCUGACGUCAUUUCCUGUCCCAGUACCUGGGAUGGGUACGGAUGUUUCAUGGAGACAUUAGGGGGGUCAGUGGCAGAAAUAGGUUGUCCUUCGUAUGUCAAGCACAGAAAAACAUCAGGGCAAGCCUUCAAGACGUGCCUUGGCAACGGAAGUUGGUGGAUAAACUCUAAAAAUGGACGGGAAUGGACUGACUACACAGCCUGUAUUCCUUUUGAGGAACAAAAGUUCGUGAUGUAUGCUGGGAUAGUCAGCUGUACCGUUAGUAUGCUACUACUGCUGCCCUCUUUGCUGAUCUUUAUGUCCAUAAGGCAGCUACGAAAGCAACUGAGAAUCCGAAUUCAUACUAGUCUGUUCACAUCUUUUGUGCUGUACUGUACGGUGACCAUUCUAUGGGAUGUGUUCAUAUUCAAAGAUCGAAUUGAAUAUGCGGCAAACAGGACAAACAUCGUACAGAAGCCUAUAUUUUGCCGGAUCCUUUACCUGCUAAUGCGGUACUUCAGGUCCUCCAACUACAUGUGGAUGUUGAAUGAAGCCUAUUUUCUUCAUCAUCUAAUCACGGCUGCCUUCAGAAUCCCACAAACCCUCAGGUGGUACUAUCUGCUAGGAUGGGGUUUCCCCGUCAUUCCGCUGUCUAUCUAUACUGGGAUUAAAUCCACCGUACAGAAAACAGGGUGCUGGGUUGACGAGCUGGGUGUCUUUGAAUGGGUUGUAUAUGUUCCAAACCUUGUGUGUAUCAUUGUCAAUGUAUUGUUAUUAUUUAACAUCCUACGAAUUUUACUGACGAGGCUUCAAAACCACCCCAACGAACCGAACCAUUUCAGACAGGCUACAAAAGCCACCUUACUGCUGACCCCGCUGUUUGGAAUUCAUUUAUUCUUCAUCAUCUAUCGCCCGAGCUCCGACACCUCACGGGUAGUUUACGAAGUGAUCUCCAAAAUCAUCACGGAUUCCCAAGGUGCUGUAGUCUCACUAUUGUUCUGUUUCUUCAACAACGAGGUACAUGGAUACAUCCUGGCUGGCAGGUGCCCGCUCCAAAUAUGGUCAACAUGUUGUCAUAGAAACACCAAAAAACACAGACGUUCGGGUUUUCAUUCACAGUGUUCUUCCUUUAUUGAAAGUAGAUGAAUGAAGAAGAAAAAAUAACUUCGAAAGACGACACAUUAACUUAAUGGUUGGCUUUGAACACCCCUGUGUUCCAUGUUUAAAAAUAAAG